UUCACGCACUUGGAGAUCUGGUCGGAAUCAAAAAGCACUUCCGCCGGAAACAUAGUGUCCACAAGCAAUGGGUUUGCGAGAGAUGCUCCAAAGGCUAUGCUGUUCAAUCCGACUACAAAGCCCAUCUCAAGACUUGCGGCUCACGCGGUCACUCUUGCGACUGCGGCCGAGUUUUCUCCAGGGUUGAGAGUUUCAUAGAGCACCAAGAUACUUGCACCAUUCGGCAUUCUCCACCCACUAACCACCGUCCUCUACAGCAGCACACGGACGGCACUGUGGCACCAUCAAGAACCACUUCGACCACAAGCUUUGGCCCAUUAUUGCAUGGUCUUCCUCUAUUAAGGCCACCACCACCGUCCUAUCAACAUUCACAAGCUUUGGCAUACCCUUUCAAUGCUUUAUCAGCAGCUCCUUUUGAAAGCCUCGAACUUCAACUAUCAAUAGGAAUGGCAAGAACAUCAGCACAAGCGAAGAGCACCGAAAAGGGAGAGACGAGUUUAACAAAGGAGAGACCGAACGAGGAGGCAAGAAUGGCGGAUAAAAUGAGACAAGAAGCGAAGAGGCAGAUAGAAAUUGCCGAAACGGAUUUUGAGAAGGCUAAGAGAAUAAGGAAAGAAGCAAAGGCCGAGCUUGAGAAGGCUCAAAUUGUUAGAGAAGAAGCAAUCAAGAGGAUUAAUGCAACAAUGAUGGAGAUAACUUGCCACUCUUGCAAGCAUCUGUUUCAGCUGAUAUAG